AGUCUGGUGCACAAUAGACUCAUUGGGGGGCCCCGCGCGUCGAUUGGCUGCCAGGGAGGCGCGAGCGAGUUCCGCCGCCCUCCACGACAGAUGCACUCGCUCUGUCCAAGUCUGAGCACCACAACGCGGGCAGACCGGAAAAAAAAAAGAAAAAAAAAGGCGAUCGUGGGCGGACAAACCGAGGGGGGAGCUUCCUUCGGUUCAACCGGCGACUCGCACCAAAACGCAUGUGAAAGGAACGGAGCGAAUCUUUUGACGCAGCCGACAACGUCGUCGUAGUUUGUGCUCCUCUCAUGCAGCGUGACCAUGGAUGGCACUCACAAUGGGGUUCAGGUCGGAGAGAACAAGUUCAUCAGCAAGGCAACGCUCCUCUCGCAUUUGAAAACAUACAACCUCUACUAUGAAGGACAGAAUUUACAGCUCAGGCACAGAGAGGAAGAGGGGGAGCUGAUUGUAGAGGGCCUGCUGAACAUCUUUUGGGGCCUGCGGCGACCAAUCAGGUUGCAGAUGCAGGACGACCACGAGCGUAUCCGUCCCCCUCCCUCUUCUACGUCUUGGCACUCGGGUUGCAUUCUGGACAGUCAAGGCUCCCCAAACAACGCAGCCGGUGAACAAAAGCCACCCGAGACUCCGCCCACUGUGGAAGUGACGGCGCCUGCCAACCAAUCGGAAGACAACGGUGUGAUGGAGGAGCAUGCUGAAGAGGACAGUGAGAGCUCAGCUCAGCUCCUCAGAACCAAGAGCGACGCCGGGGUUCUAAGGCGCAUCCACCGACGCUCCCCCAGCGACCAGAGGAAGAUCCGACGCCAUCGCUUCUCCAUCAAUGGACACUUCUACAACCACAAGACAGCCGUAUUCACGCCUGCUUUCGGCUCGGUGACCAACGUUCGCAUCAACAGCUGCAUGACGACGCCUCAGGUGUUGAGAGUUCUCCUCAACAAGUUUAAGAUUGAAAACAGCCCAGACGACUUUGCGCUCUACCUCGCGCAUGCUAGUGGAGAGCGAGUGAAGCUGAAGCGCAGUGACUUCCCUUUGGUUUGGAGAGUCAUGCAGGGUCCGUGUGAGCAGGUGUGCAAACUGUUCCUCAUGGAGCAAGACCUGGGAGAAGAAGUAACAUAUGAUGUGGCGCAGUAUAUCAAGUUUGAGAUGCCGGUGCUGCAGAGCUUCAUCACCAAGCUGAAGGAGGAGGAGGAUAGAGAGGUGCAGAAGCUAAGAAGAAGGUACAACGUCUUGCGUUGUAUCAUCGAAAAGCAGCUCGGCUGUCUUCCGGAAGGCCCCGCAUGUAUGUGAACACCAGCUGCCACCAGCAUCACGUUAAACGUGUCGGACGACUCCAAGCUUCAAACGCACAAGACACGAAGCGAGGACGCCAUCUCGAUGUGUGCGCUUUGGAUGACGGAGACAGAAGGUUACAUUGGCCAGUCAUCCGUUUUCUAUUGUCCUCGUUCGGGUCACAAGUGAGCUGGAGACUGUACCCGCCAGCUGACUUUGGGUCACACCCUGGACUGUCACGAGACACCUUUUGACAAACAAACGUUGACUUUCAAUUGAGAGGCCUUAAUGACCCUGCCUGACCUCUCAACUGCGACCAAGACUUUUUAGCCACUCGGCCAUUGUGCUCUCCGCAUUGAUUGUCUCAUGUUAAAAGUUCAUUUAAAGCACAAGCAUCAGGUCAUGCUUUUAGUCAAGUGCCUGCGAAAAAACCUCACCAAGCACAAACAAAUAACUUUUUUCCUCAAAGUAAAAAUUAGACAGCGAGAACAAAGGCCCUCCUUUUGUGUCCACGAUGCACUGGGAUCCUUUUUGUCCCCUACUACGAGUGGUCAAGUGGUUCAGCCUCAACUCACAGGUACGUCUACAAAUCAUCAUUGGUCACAGACAACGCACAUCCCACAUAAAGGAUAUGAAUGUCAUGUUGAUAUAUUGAAAGCACAGCAAAAAGACUUUAACACAACUCAAGACUGCUUGUGUGCGCCAUCCACACAACUUACACGCCGCGCUCGAGUGGAAGUAGGUCAGUGAGAGUGUCGAGCGGCACACAGACAGGCGACGUCAUGUUGUGUCGUCUGGCACCGAAUUAAUAUCGGCUCACCUCGGCAACGCUGCAAAGAGGCGUCCGCUGCACUCACUGUUACUCACAUAGGAUGUCUUUUAGCGAUCUUGUCGUUUUCUUCAUGAGCCGUCGUGUACUGUGUAGUACUUCCAGCUUUCCAUGCCAAUGUUUGUAUGUCAUUCUGAGAAUGUGCAUGCUUUUGUUUUCGACUUCUUUUGACUGCUUUUUUUUUUGUACGACUUCUUCAGAAGUUAUGAAAUAAUGUGAACAACUCGUGAAAAUGAAGGGCUGCUGGUGUUGAAUAAUGAUUGUAAUUUAAUUAAAAUGAAAUUGGAGAAAGAUAA